AUGGAUGGACCGACACAGUCUGGAAGCAUACAAGAAGAAUUGUCGAUCUUGGAGGAUGUCUUCUUCGUGAAGUACGCGUGUGAAGAAGAUCACAAUGCUCGCAAAAGGGACUUGGCAAAUAAAUUACAGCCACUCCUCGGGGAUUCCACAGACUCUACGCUUCUGUUAUGUUUUGGUGUACCGGACAAGUGUCAUAUCGUCCCAGUAUCCAUUCCGGACCCCACUGAUGAAGUUGCUAUCUGGAGACAACUCAGACAGACAAAGGCUUCUUAUCAAGGCUGGUGGAGAAGAAUCUUUAACUUUGGCAUUAUUAGUCACAUUAGCAUCGUCAAAGUAUGUCACGAAGUAAUGAACUUUUCUCAUUCCUGGCCUGACAAAUCCCCACAGAUUUAUAUUGGCGGUGUAGCCAAGGGAACCAACAACCCGAGAAGUGCUGUGAAGUUUAUCGGGAAGUAUACCAAAGAAGACCUGCAACUCGAUAUUGAUCGUGCGGAACGCAUCAUUCAAAACUAUGAGGCCCAAGAAUGGCCCUGUGGAUAUAAUUCUCUCACCGGAAGAACAGAGUGCUUUCAAGAUUGCAUUUCACAGAUGAUAGACGUUGAUUGCCCGGAGAGGAGGAAGUUUGAAGCUGAAAGACAGCUUCAGAACUUGAAAACACUCUCACUCAUGAGCCUUGCGUUUGAAGAUCCCGAUCUUGCAUCAUUAAAUGAUUUUCUGCAAGACAAAAGCGUGAUUUAUGGGCAUAGGUCAGUACAUGAAAUCGACCUGAUCUCAGUAUCUUUUCUGAUCUUUUGUGACUUUGCAAUAAAGGGAUAUACUUAG